AUGGAGGAAUCUGCCCGUGAUAGUUAUUUUCCGCCAAGUGGCGUGCUGGCCGUGCUAGGCGCCCCUGAACUCAAGCCAGAAAACCCGGAUUUCGACCCCAGCCCAGAGAAGAAAUUCGUCGCCGAGGGGUCCGUCCGCACCAGAACACCGCCGCGCGGGUUCAGCUACAAUUUGACGCCGCAGAUCCUGCCCAGCGCGGAGAUCGGCGAGAGCGCCGAAAGCGUCAGCACUGGAGCCAGCGUUUCGGGCCACCAGUCGCCUUCUCUGCACGAUAAAUUCAACCGCGUGCCUUCUCUUGAUGGGAAGCUGCUGCACGCGGUGUUUCGGCCCACGCCCAGCCGCCCUGGCGGUCUGUUGCUGGCCUCUCGUAAAUUGACCGUAGAUACAACCUCCGCCCGAGUGGCCUCGGAGUCGCCGCGGUCGUUCACCGAAUCGAGCGGGAGCCAAUUAAACAGUAAUGAGAACGGGAACGAGAACGUCACCGUGAAGAUCGACCCGCUCGGCUCCGAAUCGACCUCGCCCAACAUGAACAAAAGUGGCCCCAGUAGCGACUACUUCAAGCCGUCGCAUGCGUCGCCCACAUCUGCGAAGAGCGGGCGCCCUCCUGCAAAAGAGCCGACCAUGGACCACCACUUUAAGCUCAUUUCUGUCGCUUUCAAGGAGGCCGCGCUCGACUCGCCAUCUUUCCGUGCAUCGAUGAACCAUUUGGACUCGCAACUCGUGUCUACUGAAAAAUGGCUUCAGGCUAUUGCCGCGCUGCUUGCGAAAAUCCCUAAGCAGGCCAAGGAACUCCUGUCGAUGUUUCUGUACUUGGACUAUUUGGUGCCCUCUUUCUUGCAGGACGGAAUAGUUGACCCUGAAUACACAUUGACGGCCCUUCGGGGCACUCGUGAUGGUCUCCAAAAGCUCUGGUCGAUUGCUCAGAGCUCGUUGCAGAUCAACAUGCCCAGCAUUGAUGCGUGGGAGAAAACGAUUCUUAAUCGAAUGGUCCGGUACAAGCACCUACGCCAGCGGUUCCACCGGGCCCAACGGAAAUAUGACCACUUUUUGAACAUCCAUAUGGGCAUGCUGAAGGGCAAAGAUCCGGCGCUUUUGCUCGAAGAUCUGCAGCAGUUGGCGGCAGUGCGGAACGAAUACCUCAUGUCCAGUCUUGACUUGGUGGUGGAGUUCUCUGAGAUCAGUCUGUUCAUCAAUCGUCAGCUUAUUAGUUUUGUGUACAAGAUCUGGCAAGACAAGCUUGAAAAAUUGGGCGAAAACCCUUUUGUCUUGGCGCUUUUCUCUGAUGUAUGGGAGCAGGUGAAGCGAAUCCAUUGCUGGUGUGAAACGCAUCGGAAAUCGAGUCUGAAAAUGUCGCUGGAUAUGCUCCGUGCAAAGAAAAACAUUCAGGAGCACUCAAUCGCGCAGCUGGCCCCGUCGAGAAAUCUUGACGACUACAAAUCGGAUCUCAUCAAUCAGAGACUUCUCCAAGAUAUCGAUGAGUCGUCCUCCGAGAAACAUGGCUAUCUAUUCAUGAAAACAUACACUGAAAAAUCCAAACAGCCCAUAUGGGUGCGUCGCUGGGCCUUUUUACAAGGUGGUGUGUUGGGUUUUUUGGUCUUGGACCCUUCGCUGACUUCGGUGCAAGAGACCGACAAAAUUGGCGUGCUACUCUGUAAUGUGAGAUACGCUCCCAAUGAAGAGCGUAAUUUCUGCUUUGAGGUCAAGACAAUCGACACCAGAAUUGUUUUGCAAGCCGAGACCCUUUAUGAGUUGAAGAGCUGGCUCAAAGUGUUCUCCAACAUCGGUAGACGUAUAGUUGAUCUGAAUGACCCAAUGCAUGGACUUCUCACGGUUGCAAGUGGCCGGUACCCGCCUCUUGUCCUAGAGUUCCAGUCCACUGCAAAUACCACCACGGACAAAGAUCUCACACAUUCAAAGAUAGUUUCUUCAUCUGGGCAAGUGAUCACCUCCAGCAAAUUGUCCGCGCAUCUCGUCAAGAACGAAGCCUUUUUCCAGAGAUACAUUUAUGAUCAAAUCGGCCGCAUAUCGCUUCCUUUCGUCACAGAGACAACACGUUCCGCUCUUGUUGCUUACAGCUUGACUGGCUCGACUGUCGUACCAAGCGCACUCAGCGCCAACAUUUGGGGAUCUCUCAACUGGGGCCUCUACUAUCUUUACGAGCCUAAUGCUGCGCUUGAGUUGCAAGACUCAUUCAAAACGAUCACAGGAGAGAAAGACGGACGGAUGCCUGCAAAUUUCCCGAACUUGUGGGCCGCAAGAGACGUUCAAUUGAAGGCUUUGUUCGAAUCAGCUGUUGAACCGGGUGAGUUCUGCUUGCUUUCUUAUCAUUGUCUUCUCUCUCCAAAUCAAUCGCAGUCUCUUCGUGGAACCCACUUCGUCACCCAAAGACACAUUUAUUCAUACAUCCAGUCCCUGGGCUUUAUUACUUUGAGCAAGAUUCCACUUUGCCGAGUGAUGGAGGCAGUGGUAGAGCCAAUGCAAGAUCACGACAUUCUCAAGUUGACUAUGGUUCUGGGGCUGCUCAAAAUGAAGCUCUUUAUCGAUGACUCCAUUCUCAUUGAAAAGAAGUUUCAAGGUCUUAUCAAGGCUUACUCGAGCGACAAACCUUUGCUGUUGUCUGAGCUCAUUAAUCAGCUCAUUGAGAUUGAGGAUACACAUACCGAAAUGCUCAGACAAAAGCGGUAUCGGAUUUUACAGCCAGUCGAGAAGGAGCCCUCUGACCAAUCGUUUGAUUUUCUACCCGUAAACGUCUCUCCGCCGGAUACCAAGCUCGGAUUCCCCGACACCAUGCCUUUGGUCACAGAAAAAAAGUACGAUUUGCCGCCACAGGCUCUUCUUCACGUCUUAUUUGGCAGCAAAUCCCAAGUAUUCAUGGACUCGUAUCAGGUCAUGGAUGUGAGGCAAUGCGAGAAGGUCGCGUGGCUGAAGCCAUCCAACCCAGAUAUCUAUCUUCUGCGCGAGUUCAUAAUAGAUGUGUUGUUCUUCAAUGGCAAAGCCGGCAGGCUCGUGGUCUCGCAGGACAUUGAGAAAUUCGUUGAAAAUAAGUUUUACAGUGUCAAGGUCAGAAACAGUACGUUCAAAAUGAAGUACGGACCAACAUUCGACUACAGCAUGAGAUUCAUCAUUCAGGAGUCUGGCGACGGCCAAUCCUCUCUCAAAUGCUAUGGAUCUACGAACGUCAAUGCCUCCUACAUCUCAAGAAUUGCACCACGCUACCUCGGCAAUACCAUUAUUCCAUUGAUAUUCACUGAAUUGUCGCGCAGAAUCCACGACGCAGUGAAACACAUUGGCGUCAAGGCGAAAGUGUCAAGGGCAAAUUAUAUUUAUGGCCGCAUCCAAGUCACUGAAGCGCCGCUUGUUCCUCGCAUCUGUCCGCAUGUUGUCAUCAACAACGGAGUCAUUUGCAACUGGUGCAUCCAGAUCAAAGUGCGGCAGUUCACUCGAUAUCUCACGAUCUCGUUCUGGUCCAUUGUCAGCGCAAUUCUUUCCUUUUUCAAGAAACUCAGCAUGCAUCGCAUGCUCAUCAGCAUCAUUGUCUGUUUGACUUUAAGUAACGUCUUUUUCGGAUUCAGAAGCAGCGCUCACUAUUGGAAGACACGCCAGGUUUCCAAGCUCGUCACACUGAUUCUACAAGUCGAUCCAAUCACAAUCCAUCGCGCCGUCUAUUCCAAGGACGUGGAAGAUUUUGCGAGGUUCAACAUGUCAUACUCCAGCAGUAGCGCCUGUUUCCAUGUUUUCCAGAACCAGUCUGUCGCUUUGAACCCCGACAAGAUGAUCGAGUGGACAAGUGCGUUCGACGUGACAUGGAAGGAGAAACAAAGGGCGCGCGAGCUCAAAGAGCGCAUCAAUGAAAUCGCCAUGAAGCGCAACCAAUUGCUUCUCACUUUGGCCACUUUGAAUCAAAUGGAAGAAGAGGUGGUCAAGCUCGAAUGGAUGGACUGGCUCUAUUCGGAAGUGAAGAAAUGUGAGGAAAUGAGGAACGCCGGGGCAUUCCUUGACGGAAAUUCUAGAGUUUCCGGUUCGGUUAUGGAAAAAUUGGAGCAGUACUGUGGAAGUUGUGCUACGGAGUUAUCCAUGGUCAAACACUAA